AGACUUUGGUGGCGCCCGGACCGCAGAAGCCGAGCCGCCUCCCGGUGCUCUUUGUCUGCAUGGCAGCGCGGCGCCCCCUGCUGCUCGCGGGCCUCGCGCUCGCCUCGGCGGGCGCUCUUCCCUUCCUCCCCGACGGCGUCCUUCCCACCGGCCCGCUCGUCGACGCGCAGUGCAACGUCGAGACAGUCGAGGAGGCAAACUCCGCUCAGCUGCACGCGCUGCUGACGGAGCUGUCCGAGACAACCUUCUUCCGCCUCGUGCAUGUCAACAUGGAAACGCGCUGUGUCUAUUGGGGCAAGGCGCAGGCUUCUGCGCCUGCGCCGGCGGCGGGCGCCGAGGCUGGCGGUGGCGGUGCGGCGGCGGGCGGUGCCGCCCAGGUGGCAGGCUCCGGCGAGGCGGGGGCAGGAGAGGAGGAGGAGGAGGAGUGCGAGGGCGGCAAGGACGAGGAGACGGCCGUCCCUCUCUGCACUCUCGGCUCCGACGCCUCCGACGACCCUUUCGGAGGAGGCGGCGGAUUCAGCAGCAGCAGCAGCAGCAGCGGUGGCGGCUUCGGUGGCGGCGGCCUUGGCGGCGGCAUGUCGUCGGCGCCCGCGCCGUCUCCGACCAUCGAUUCGACCAUCACUGAGGCGGAGGCGCAGGCCGACAUGACCUUCUCGGAGGGCGAGGCGGAUUGCUCCAACGAGGAGCUGCCCACCUUUUGGCUGGACAUGUGCGCGCGCAUCGACACCAACACGUCGAGUGUCGUCAAUCUCGUGCUCAAUCCAGAGAGGUACACUGGCUACAACGGCUCGCACGUCUGGUCGGCCAUCUACCAGGAGAAUUGCCUCGUUCGCACCGGCACCGCCGACAACAUCUGCUACGAGGAGCGGGUGCUCUACCGGCUCCUCUCGGGGAUGCACGCGGCGACCAACGUGCACAUCGCGCGCUACUACCACGCGCCCUCCAAGCGCAAGGGGAGGGAGGAGCACGAGCCCAUCCUGCCCCUCGCAGACUGGGAGCCCGACCUGCCCUACUUUCGCCGCCAGUUCGACGGCCACCCCGAGAGGCUGAAGAACCUGCACUUUGCAUUCGUCGUCCUACUGCGCGCCCUCGCGCGCGCCUCCCCCUACCUCGCCUCGUACGCGUACGUGGCGGGAGUCUCUGCGUCCGAAGACGCGUCCACCUCCUCGCUGGUGCAGCGCCUGCUUGAUUCCGCGAUCCUCCGCUCGUGCGCGCCCGCCUUCUCCGCCUUUGACGAGGGCCUGCUCUUCCGCGAGCAGCAGGCCUCGUGGUGGUCGCUCAAGAAGCAGUUCAAGUCCGUCUUCCACAACGUCUCGACCGUGCUCGAUUGCGUCUCUUGCCAAAAGUGCCGGCUGCACGCCAAGGUGACCAUGCUGGGCUUCGGCGCCGCGCUCAAGAUGCUGCUGCUGCCGACCGAGCUGCUGCCGACCUCGUCCUCGCGCGACGAGAUUGUCGCCUUCCUCAACACGCUCACCAAGUUCUCGACGGCGAUCCAUUACGUCAAGGAGCUCACCGCGCUGCAGUACGACCAGUACUUCAAGGCGCAGCCGCUCCCCUCCCCCCUCGGGACCAACGUGGACGCCGUCGGCGCCGUCGCACCCACCGCCGCAGCCGCCGCCGCAGCCGCAGCCGCUGUCGCAGCGUCGCCGCAAGCCGCGUCCGCCGCCGCCGCCGCGUCAUCCGCACCCGCACCCGCCGCCGCCACGGCCGCAGCCGAGUUUGUGGGCACUGCCGCCGCCGCCGCGCCCUCCCCCUUCUCUGGGGCGGUUGCGACGGCGCUGCUCGACACGACUCUGGGCGCGGUGGCGUCGCUGGUGCGUGGCGGGGCCAUCGACGCGGCGCGCGAGGCCGAGGCGGCGCUCGCGCCGCCCGCCACCGUCGCCGCUGCCGCCGCGCCGCCGGCGCCGCCGGCGCUCGACGCGGUCGUCAUCGGUUCGGGCGUCGCCGGGCUAACUGCGGCGCUGCGGCUGCUCGACAGCGGCGCGACGGCGGACUCGGUGGAGGCGUUCGCCAACGACACGGCGCGCAGCGCCAAGCGGGAGAGCGGCGGCCUCAUCGCGCUGCUCGCGUCCUCGUCCGCGUCGGCGAUCGAGUGGCUGCAGACGAGGACCGGCAUUGACCUCUCCCGCGUCGCGCAGUUGGGCGGCCACUCGUACUCGCGCACGCACCGGCCGGCGAACGGCAUGGUCGGCGCCGAGCUCACCUUUGCCCUCGCGCGCGAGGUGAAGCGCUUCGAGAAGAAGGGCGCGCUCCGGCUGCUCCUCGGCUGCCGCGCGACGGCGCUGCAGACGGACGCGGCCGGCGCUCGCCGUCGGGGCUUCCUAGGCGCCGUCGUCGGCGUGGCGUACACGGACGCGGCGGGCGGUUCCGCGUCGCUGCUCGCGACGGACACCGUCCUCGCGACGGGCGGCUUCGCGAACGACCGGAGCGACACGUCGCUGCUCGAGAAGCACCGGCCCGACUUGCUGCGCUUCCCGACGACAAACGGUCCGUGGGCGACGGGCGACGGCAUGAAGAUGGCGAUGGCGAUCGGGGCGGGGACGGUGGACAUGGAUCGCGUGCAGGUGCACCCGACGGGCUUCCUCGACCCCGCCGACCUCACGGCGCCCGCGAAGGUCCUUUGCGGCGAGAUGAUGCGCGGCGUCGGCGGCGUGCUGCUCUCGCCCGAGGGGAGGAGGUUUGUCGAUGAGCUGCGGCCGCGAGACAAGGUCGUCGAGGCCGAGCUCGCCACCGGCGCCUCCGAGUUCACGCUGCUGCUCAACGGCGCCAUGGCGGCCGAGGCGGGGAGGCACCUCGAGCACUACGCGCACAAGGGGCUGCUCGUCAAGCUGCAAGGCGCACGCCCGCCCUCGCGCGAAGCAGGCUCGCCUCCGCUCGCUGCCGCCGUGCGAACUGAGGACUGGACUCUAGGCACGCCCGCGCUCGCGCGCUGGAUGGUCGCCUCCGCCGACGGCGCCGACAAGCAGACCGCGGAGCAGGCUGUGGCGCGCGCCGCCGCCGUCGACGCGGCCGCGGCGGCGGCGGUCGAGGCGACGCUCAACGCGACGCUCGAGGAGUACGCGGCGGCGGCGGCGGCGGGCGGCGACGUGUUUGGCAAGACGGCGCGCGCCUCCCCCUACCUCGCCUCGUACGCGUACGUGGCGGGAGUCUCUGCGUCCGAAGACGCGUCCACCUCCUCGCUGGUGCAGCGCCUGCUUGAUUCCGCGAUCCUCCGCUCGUGCGCGCCCGCCUUCUCCGCCUUUGACGAGGGCUUGCUCUUUACGAGACAGGCCUCGUGGUGGUCGCUCAAGAAGCAGUUCAAGUCCGUCUUCCACAACGUCUCGACCGUGACCAUGCUGGGCUUUGGCGCCGCGCUCAAGAUGCUGCUGCUGCCGACCGAGCUGCUGCCGACCUCGUCCUCGCGCGACGAGAUUGUCGCCUUCCUCAACACGCUCACCAAGUUCUCGACGGCGAUCCAUUACGCGCACGGCGGGUGCGGCGAGGGGGAGCCGUGUUGGGUGGGGCUGUACGGGCGCGUGUACGACUUCGCCUCCUUCCUCGACGAGCACCCUGCCGGCCCAACCUCCAUCAGCGAUUUGGGCGGCGCGGAUGGGACGGUCGCCUUUGAGCACAUCCACAACGAGGCGAUGCUCAGCGAGUUCGACGACGUGCUCAUCGGCAGGCUCGAGGCGUGAGGCGCCGCGUGUGGGCGGCGGCGCGGGAGGAGGAGGGCGGUGCGGGCCUCCUCCUCGGGGGUCAGCUUUUCGUGGGGCGAGCCACCCCCUCGAGCCGCGAGCCGUGCAGCCGGUGAUGCGUGUGGCAGUAGAGCCGUAGGCACUUUAGGGACGCGUUGUUUCGGCGGUGUAGAGAACGGCGAUGGCCGACGUGUGUGUGUUGCGUGGUUGCGGGUGUGGGUUCACUUCUCACAGAUACCCCCCGGUCUUGCGGGAGAGGUGGGGGGCGGGCUCGCUCCUCACGUCUCGUGCACGUCCGCGGGGCGCCCGCCUCUAGGCCUUUGGAAGUUAUAAUAAAUCUUAGACUAACA